AUGGGAGGAGAGGAAAUCAUUUUUGAGGGUUGCAACUUCUUUCGGCAACGGCUGACGUAUUCCGUAUUGAGUGGUCGUCCAGUGACCAUCCAAAAUAUCAGGAAGGAUGAUGAUGCACCUGGAAUAAAAGAUUUCGAAGCUAAACUUCUCUCUCUUUUGGAAAGGAUUACUAAUGGGACGAGGGUGGAAAUUAACACCACUGGUACGGAGGUGCGUUUUCGGCCUGGUAUCAUUACUGGAGGAGUGUUAACUAUGGAUUGUGGUUCCGAUCGUUGUCUGUCGUACUUCUUGGAGCCUAUGAUCAUCAUUUCGCCGUUUUGUAAAAAUGCAAUGACGUUAAAGCUCAAAGGCAUGUGUGUCACCAAUGCUCCUAAUGAGAUUUCCGUUGAUGCUAUCAAGGCUGCUUGGCUCACACGCGAGAAAUCAGGUAAAGUAUGCAAAAUUCGUGGUCAAGCUUACGUUACGAAAGUGACACCAUCACUUGCGUAUCGAAUGAUUGAUGCUGCAAAGCGAAUGCUUCAUGGCUAUAUUUCUGACGUGUAUAUCACUGUGGAUCAACGAAAAGGAGAUGCAGGAGGGAACUCACCUGGUUAUGGCUUAUUCUUAACGGCAGAGACAACUGAAGGAGUUGUGUAUCACGGCGAGGCAAUUUCGAAACCGAAAGGAGAGUCUGGAGAUCCAAUCGUUCCUGAAGACGUUGGUUCGAAUGCCGCUAUGGCUUUGCUUGAGGAGAUAUACAGGGUAGAUUUGUUUCUCUUUUUAAUCAAUUUUUCAAGAUAUUUUGUCAGUCUAUAUAGUUUUAUUCUGCUGAUAGUGUCCACUUGCGAAUUCACAACUUUGUUUCCAUAGAG